AUGUCUAAAGCUGUUGUCAAGACGACCUUCGAGGCGUCUAGGACUCUUCGUCCCAUAUACACCGGGGGAAGUACUGCACUGGAUGCCAGUGGUCGAUUGCUGUUGACUUGUGUUGGUGAGGAUGCUCUCGUCGUCGAUCUCGAAACUGGCGACCAACUUGCCAGUCUGGAAGGAGAUGGAGAGGUCAUCACCAGUCUAGCCAUUACGCCAUCGGCCUCUCAUGCCAUUGUUUGCUCGCGAUCCAUGGCCAUGCGAAUUUACGCUCUGACACCUUUCGAUGACACAACACGAACGAUCGAGGCAGAACUUAUUCGAAGUUUAAAGCCCCAUCCAUCACCAGUUGUCACAACCGCAACCGAUCCCACCAGCACAUUCCUAGCCACUGGUGCUGCAGACGGUUCAAUUAAGAUCUGGGACGUCAGACGUGGCUAUGCUACCCAUACGUUCCAUGGCCAUCGUGGUGUUAUUUCGGCCCUAUGCUUCUUCCAAAUACCGUUUCAGGAAGAAGAAAAUAAGACGUCUUCCAAGAAAAAGAAGUCAAAGAAACAGUCGAAUGAUGUCGACUCUGACGAGGAUAUGGAGGACGCCGGCAUCACGACUGUUGAUUCGACUGGUAUUCUUCGACUGGCCUCGGGAAGCGAGGAGGGCACGGUGCGAGUGUGGGAUUUGAACAAGAGGAAGUCUAUAGUGACUCUUGAGUCCCAUCUCUCAGUUGUACGGAGCUUAUCGUACUCCUCAGCGGAAAAUGCACUGCUCUCCGCAGGCCGAGAUAAGACGGUCAUCGUCUGGGAUGUGCGCACAUUCAAGACGCGCCGGAUCAUCCCAGUCCUGGAGAGCGUUGAAGCAGCUACGUUCGUUGAUGACAGUGGACUAUGCUUGGUGGGAGGCGAGAAUGGCAAGUUGCGUGUAUGGGAUUGCAACCGAGGUGGAGAAGUGACCUAUGAGCAAGAAGCUGGGGAAGAGUAUGAGGCCGUGGUGGCUAUCCAGUAUUCCCCGGGCAUGCCGUUUGCAGUGACAGUACAUGCCGAUCAGACCUUGCGUCUUCACUCGCUCGAACCUUUAUCUAGCUUCAAGCCCGGGUCUUCAAUCAAGCCCCUGCCCAUCAUCAGGCGCAUAUCCGGCAACGACGACGAUAUCAUUGACCUUGCAUACGUUGGAUCUGACCGAUCCAUGCUUGCAUUGGCCACAAACACUGAAAGUAUUCGGGUGGUCUCCGUAGGACCGUCAACAGACCGACCAUCUGAUAGUGGAGAGGACUACUUUGGUGCGGAUGUCACCCAUCUGGAAGGUCACGACGACAUUAUCAUCUGUAUCGAUGUAGAUUGGUCGGGCCACUGGCUGGCAACAGGUGCCAAAGACAACACAGCACGUCUCUGGCGUUUGGAUCCUAAAACAUCAUCGUACACCUGCUUUGCAGUUCUUACGGGUCACGCUGAAUCCCUGGGGGCCAUCGGCUUCCCUCGACUCCCUCCGCCGAUCAACACCCCAGCUCACACCGAUCCCCUGAAUCACCCUCCGUCUUUUCUGCUCACGGGUUCUCAAGACCGUACCAUCAAACGGUGGGACACGGGCAAGCUAGGACCUCUCCAAUCCUCAAAACAUCACACUCCGAAGGCGAUAUAUACCCGCAAAGCCCACGAAAAGGAUAUCAACGCCUUGGAUGUUAAUCCAUCAUCGACGCUAUUUGCGUCCGCCUCGCAAGAUCGUACUGUCAAGAUUUGGUCUGCUGAAGAUGGCUCGGUCGUAGGGGUGCUGCGCGGGCAUAAGAGAGGCGUUUGGUCUGUACGUUUCUCCCCUCGGGGCACACCGAUCCUCAACAACGAUGAUCGGAGUAGUACAAGUAGAGGCUUGAUUGCCACUGGGUCUGGCGACAAGACCAUAAAAAUCUGGAGCUUAUCUGACUACAGCUGUCUCCUGACGUUCGAAGGUCACACCAACAGCGUGCUCAAAGUGAUCUGGCUCCCACCUCCAGAUCUGACUACGAAGGGAGACGAAGAGGAUGAAGAUCAAGCAGCACCGGUUCCCAACCAGGCCGCACAAUCGCGGCCUCUUGUGGCAUCUGCUGCUGCAGAUGGCUUGGUGAAGAUUUGGUCUCCCUAUACAGGAGAGCUGGAGACCACUCUCGACAACCACACAGACCGAGUGUGGGCACUUGCCAGCCCAACCCCCUCUGGCUCUCGUGCCGACUUAUUAUCGUCUUCCGCCACUCAGGGCAACUCUUCUCCCUUUGCUCUUGCUUCCGGUUCUGCAGACUCUACCGUCACGUUCUGGACUGAUACCACUUCCGCUACGUACACUGCCACAGUCAGCGCCAACUCGGCUCGCAUUGAGCAGGACCAGCAGCUGCAGAACUAUAUCAGGGCCGGCGCAUACCGUGAAGCCAUCACCCUCGCCCUCCAACUCAACCAUCCUGCACGACUACUCUCUCUUUUCACGACUGCGAUCGAUGCGGCUGAUGAUCCUUACUCGACCGAUCCCAAGACGGAGGAGCGUGCCAACAGCCUGACUGGCAACCCAUCCAUUGACGAGGUUCUCCAAACCUUGGGGCCUGAGAACCUUCAGAAUCUUCUCCUCCGACUGCGUGACUGGAACACCAACGCGCGCAACUCCCGGGUUGCGCAGCGCAUCCUGUUUGCUUUGUUCAGAUCUUAUCCCGCAUCGACCUUCAUUGAGCUGGCCACUUCAAGCAUGGCCAAGCGAGGGGCUAAUAGUCGCAUUACAGCCGGCAUGAAGGAUAUCCUACAGGCCUUGGCCUCUUACACAGAGCGACAUUAUCGUCGAGUGGAAGAGCUGACGGACGAAAGCUAUCUCGUCGAGUGGAUUCUAGGGGAGAUGGAUGGCGGUGUAGGGUUGGGAGGAUUGGGGGUUUCGGGCUCACACGAGGUCAUGUCGGAUGAAGUCCCUGACCACGAAAAGGAUGUGAUCAUGCUCGGAGUGUGA